AUGCUGUGGACUAGACACAUACUAGGACUAUUUCGCCAUCUACCAACACGAAAUCGGAUUAAUAUACAGAAAACCUUUAUCAAGCCAGUUGAAAAUGUACAACUGAUUUUAGUUGAUUGUUUAACAGCUACUGUUGUUAUUCCCCCAUUUAGUACGAAGCACCGUAAGCACCAUCUGCUCAUUAAUACACGAAUGGAACUGAACAAAGCACAAAGAAUAGUUGUGAAGCUUGGCAGCGCUGUGAUCACUCGAGAAGAUGAAUGUGGUCUAGCUCUCGGUAGACUUGCGUCUAUUGUCGAGCAGGUCGCAGAGUUACAACAAGCCGGUCGUCAGAUGCUCAUAGUGUCAUCAGGUGCAGUAGCAUUUGGACGACAAAAACUUCGACAAGAACUUGUUAUGAGCAUGAGCAUGAGGCAAACACUAAGAGGACCUUCUGGGAUGACAGCAGACAAACGUGCAUGUGCUGCUUCUGGAAUGCCUGGUCUUAUGUCACUUUAUGAACAACUUUUUCAACAAUAUGGAAUAACUGUUGCCCAGGUACUGCUUACAAAACCAGAUAUAGAUGAUCCUCAACGCCGCAAAAACCUCCACGAUACUAUUGAGAGUCUUCUAAACCUCAAUAUUAUUCCAAUCGUUAACGCUAAUGAUGCUGUUGCACCGGAUCCCAAACUAAACAUGCAUAUCUCCGAUAAUGACCUGUUGGCCGCACGACUUUCUUCAGAGAUAGAAGCCGAACUACUCAUAAUUCUCUCAAACGUAAACGGUGUAUACACAGGUCCGCCCGGUAUGGAAGGUUCUCGUCUACUUCAUACAUUCGUACCUUCUGAAAGUUCUCAUGUCGUUUUUGGAGCAAACAGUAAAUUCGGAACGGGUGGCAUGGAAAGCAAGGUAAAUGCUUGUGUAAAAGCACUGGAGAAUGGGGUAACGACUGUGAUUACGAACGGUUUAGCACAAAAUGCCAUCACAGAUGCAGUAAAAGGCAAGAAGAUUGGUACAAUGUUUUGCCGAACACUUCGCUAUGAAGGACCACCAGUUGAAGAAAUCGCCAUCAAAUGUCGCGACGCUGGCCGCCGAUUGGCCUCUCUUAAUAAUGCCGAACGAGCAUCAAUGGUUCGAUAUUUAGCCGGACUCCUGGUUCAGAGGGAAAAUGAAAUUAUGGAGGCGAAUCGUCUAGACAUCAGUAAUGCCGAAAACAGUGGUUUGGAGCCUCAGCUUCUGAAUCGCUUGAAGAUGUCCAAAGAGAAGAUUAUGGACCUUUACAAUGGAUUGAAUAUCAUCGCAGAAUCAGCGGAAACUCUUAUUGGACGAUGUUAUAAAAAGAUAAAGAUAAGUGACAACCUUGUUCUUGAACAGGUUAGCGUGCCGAUUGGUUCGCUAAUGGUUAUCUUCGAGUCACGCCCCGAUUGCUUACCUCAGGUACUUUUUGUUGUUUUUACAGGAAAUGAAGCCGAAGAAAGUAAUAGAAUGUUGCACAGUAUUGUUCAGGAAUCGCUCGGCACACAUGGCUAUGAUAUGCGAGAUGCGGUGACUUUGGUACGAAGUCGUGAAGAUGUGACAGAAUUACUGCAACUAAAGGAUCUCAUUGAUCUGGUAAUACCGCGUGGAUCGUCAGAGCUAGUACGAAAAAUGCAAGUGCAAAGCAAAGGGAUUCCUGUCUUAGGGCAUGCUGAAGGGAUUUGUCAUGUCUAUCUCGACAGAGAACUGGAUGAACAAAUGGCUAUAAACAUUGUCCGGGAUUCGAAAUGCGAAUACCCUUCAGCUUGCAACGCUGCCGAAACAGUUCUCAUUCACAAAGAUCUCGUCAGCACAGCUUUCUUUGACCAACUCUGUGGAAUGUUAAAAACGGAAGGCGUUAAAGUGCACGCAGGGCCAAAACUUCAAUCAAUGCUGAAAUUUGGUCCACCACCUGUUGAGAGCCUCAAGUUCGAAUACGGAUGUCUGGAGUGCACACUGGAGGUGGUCGACAAUGUUGAUGAGGCCGUAGCACAUAUAAUUCGUUAUGGCUCUGGACAUACCGAAAGUAUCGUCACCAAUAACGGUACAAAUAUCACUGCUGAGCACUUUAUUAAACAUGUGGAUAGUGCGUGUACAUUCCAUAAUGCCUCAACUCGUUUUGCCGACGGCUACAGAUUUGGACUGGGUGCUGAAGUAGGUAUCUCAACUGGAAGAAUACAUGCUCGUGGUCCGGUUGGUGUUGAAGGGCUGCUCACAACCAAAUGGGUUUUACGUGGAGCUGGUCAUACGGUACACGAUUUCAAGCCGAACGGUUGUUAUCGAUAUCAACACGAAGUAAUGAAUCCAACAGAAAUCUACAGAACGCCGGAUGCGAUCCAGAAAUGUGUAUGA